AUUUAUAGUAUCUCUUACUUGAACGAGGUCUUCCUGAGUCAAAGGUGAAAUCGUUUACAAAAUGGCAGCGAGUAAGAGUACAAAUACUUACAACAGACAGAAUUGGGAAGAUGCGGAGUUUCCAAUUCUUUGCCAGACGUGUUUGGGAGAUAAUCCCUAUGUGAGAAUGACUAAAGAGAAGUAUGGCAAGGAGUGCAAGAUUUGUGCUAGACCGUUUACGAUCUUCAGGUGGUGCCCUGGUGCAAGGAUGAGAUUUAAAAAAACAGAAGUUUGCCAGACCUGUAGUAAAGUGAAAAACUGUUGCCAGACUUGUUUGUUAGAUUUGGAAUAUGGUUUACCGCUACAAGUACGAGAUGCAGCUUUGAGUAUAAAAGAUGAUAUGCCCAAAUCAGAUGUUAAUAAAGAAUAUUAUACACAAAAUAUGGAAAGAGAAAUUGCUAAUUCCGAUGGCACUCAGGCUGUUGGAGCAGUUGGAAAAUCACAGUCCCCAAGCGACUUGUUGUUAAAGCUAGCCAGAACAACCCCUUACUACAAAAGAAACCGACCACAUAUAUGUUCUUUCUGGGUCAAAGGUGAAUGUAAAAGAGGUGAAGAGUGCCCGUACAGGCACGAAAAGCCUACAGACCCUGAUGAUCCACUGGCCGAUCAAAAUAUCAAAGACCGAUUCUAUGGCGUCAAUGAUCCUGUUGCUCAUAAAUUGCUUAACCGUGCUGCAACGAUGCCUAAAUUGGAAGCACCAGAAGAUAGAACUAUCACUACGUUAUAUGUAGGUGGACUUGGUGAUAAAAUUUCUGAAAAAGAUCUCAGAGAUCAUUUUUACCAGUUUGGUGAAAUUCGCAGCAUUAAUGUUGUAGCUAGACAACAGUGUGCAUUUGUACAGUUCACAACUCGACAGUCUUCCGAGCUGGCCGCUGAAAGAUCAUUCAAUAAACUGAUAAUGAAUGGUAGACGUCUGAAUAUCAAAUGGGGACGAUCUCAGGCACAGCAAGCUUUGAUGGGUAAAAAAGACGGAGAAUUCAAGGAUAUUGUACAACUGGAACCAGUGCCGGGGCUACCUGGUGCGUUGCCACUCCCACCUACAGAUGGCGGUGAUGAGGGAAGUCGGAAUUAUUUUAAUCUUCCCCAACAUCCUCCACCAUUGAUGCCACCCCCAAUGCCACAUCUGGUGAGCAUGCCACCACCACCAGGUUACACUGGUCCACCACCUCCACUGCCAGGAUUUCCACGUCUGCCACCACCCCUCAGACCACCUGGUUUCCCUCCAAGCACUACAACUCAGCCCAGUCAACAACAGGCAGUUCACUACCCUUCACAGGAUCCGCAGCGUAUGGGUGCAGUGCAGCAGUCUUAAGCCCAGUUAUCUCAAGGACCCCUUGAAUGUCGUACAUUCUGAGACUUUAUUCAUGACCCUAGAGGUCAUACAUCCUGAGACUUUAUUCCUGACCCUAGAGGUCACACAUUCUGGGACUUUAUUCAUGACCCUAGAGGUCAUAAAUCCUGAGACUUUAUUCAUGACCCUAGCGGCCAUACAUCCUGGGACUUUAUUCCUGACCCUAGAGGUCACACAUUCUGGGACUUUAUUCAUGACCCUAGAGGUCAUAAAUCCUGAGACUUUAUUCAUGACCCUACUAGAGGUCAUACAUCCUGAGACUUUAUUCAUGACCCUAGCAGCCAUACAUCCUGGGACUUUAUUCAUGACCCUAGAGGUCACACAUCCUGGGACUUUAUUCAUGACCCUACUAGAGGUCACACAUCCUGGGACUUUAUUCAUGACCCUACUAGAGGUCACACAUCCUGAGACUUUAUUCAUGACCGUAAAGGUCACACAUCCUGGGGAUAAAACAGACUGCUCUAUAUCUAUAAUAAUUUGUGAAACUUUUUUGGCUUAAUUUAUGAUGUACUUUUGAAAAAAUAACAAUUCUGUUUGUUGUGAACUUGUACAUCCAGAAAGUACCAGGAUGUUUUGCCUGCAGGGUCAUAGAUAAAGUACCAGGAUGUGCGACCCUAAGGUCAACUAAAACAGUAUCAGUCUUCUUCAAAUUGUCCUGAACUGCAUGUGCCGUCUUCAAAGUAUGUGUUCUAUCCGUUUCCUUACUAGCAGCAACCAUUACAUCUAUUGGUUGAGGUGUUCAUAUUUGUGACUUCGACUUGGUCAUUUUUUUGUAAUAUAUUUAUACAAAGGCUAAUGUUACAUUGGCCUGAACUUCAACAUGCAUAUGGUACCAAUCAAUAUAAAGACAGUUUUAAAGUUCAUUCCUCGAGACC